AUGACACAACCAAAAGGCUUUGAGGAUCCGGUACACCCUCAAUUUGUUUGUAAGCUUCAUAAGUCUCUCUAUGGUUUAAAACAAGCUCCUCGAGCUUGGUUUAAUCGACUAUCCACUGCUCUUUUGGCUCUUGGUUUUCAAAGUUCACAAAUUGAUCCCUCGUUAUUUACGCAUCAUCUUGAGAACAUUCAUGUAUUUUUAUUAGUGUAUGUGGAUGAUAUUCUUGUCACCUCAAAUGAUCGAGAUUUUAUUACUUUUCUGAUUUCUAAACUGCAACUUGAGUUUGCUAUGAAGGAUCUCGGCCAGUUGACAUAUUUUUUGGGCAUUGAGGCCACACGCAAUUCUUCCGGAUUACAUCUUUGGCAAACCAGGUAUAUUAUUGAUCUUUUGGAUCGUGUGCAACUACUUGGUAUUCGACCGUAUCGUGCUCCUUGUGUCUCGGGCUCCAAGCUAUCCAAAUUUGAUGGAGAAAUUCUUCAAGACCCUUCUGAAUAUAGGCAAACGGUCGGUGCCUUACAAUAUGUCACUCUCACACGCCCUGACAUUGCCUACUCAGUGAACCAACUCUGUCAAUACAUGCAAGCACCAACCACGGUUCAUUGGACAGCAGCCAAACGUGUGCUACGUUACUUAAAGCAUACACUUGAUUAUGGUCUCUUCUACAAAUCUGGUUCUUUUGCUAUUAAUGCCUAUUGUGACUCUGAUUGGGCCGGUGAUCCUGACGAUAGACGAUCAACUUGUGGUUAUGGUGUUUAUGUUGGAUCCAAUCUAAUAUCUUGGUCAGCUAAGAAACAACCUGUAGUGUCCAAAUCGAGUACUGAAGCAGAAUACCGGUGUUUGGCUCUAGUUACAGCUGAGGUGUAUUGGUUGCGCAUGUUGCUGCGCGAGCUCAAGGUCUCUCUUGCAUCUGCUCCAGUUGCUUGGUGUGAUAACGUAAGUUCCUUAGCUCUUGCCUCAAAUCCUAUUUUCCAUGCACAGUCAAAGCAUAUCGAAGUGGAUUACCACUUUGUCCGUGAAAAGGUGGCCAAUAAAGACAUAAUUCUUCAACACGUUCCCACCUCUCUCCAACCUGCAGAUAUAUUCACAAAGGGACACAGGGCUGAUAGGUUUUGCUUCCUCCGGGAUAAACUAUCUGUGAUAGAUCUCCCUGCCAGUUUACGGGGGAAUGAUAAGGAUAAAGCUCAAACCGUAACAACAAAUAUUCAAAAUAAUUAG